GCUUUCUCCACCCAGCUGUAGAUCAGGGUACAUGAAAGCUAGGAGGGAGGAUAGUGGCAGCAACAGAGAGAGAGGGGGGGAGGAGAGAGGGGGGGAGAGAAAGAAAGAAAGACAGAUAGAGAGAGAGAGAGAGAGAGAGAGAGGAGGAGGAGGCAAAAAGGCAAGCCAUAGUAGGACAGAGUGUAUUGGAGGGCAGCAUACUGUAGCAGCAUACUGCUGUGUUGUGAUUAUGGAGUGAGCAUGGAGUAGCAGCACCAAAACAAGAAAAGAGGAGAACAAGAAGGACACAGCUUGCUUUUAUGCCUGAUCAAUAAAAGGUAGAUCAGUUCAGAGUCUGAGCGGAGGAGGAGAAGAGGGCUCAUUAAAACAGCUUUGCUCUGCACAAUUGAAUGCCUGCAGGCUCCUUCUGAGUUUGAAUUCCACCACGAAGGGACUUGAAAUAUCACGACAAAGUCACUCCAAACCUCCAGGUCCUGAGAGAAAACCCAAAAGUGACUCUUUACAUUUGGACUCAGGAUAAAAGUCAUCUUGCAGCAGCAGCAUCCCAAACAGGUAAGCAAUCUAAAGCUAUCGCAAAACCCCAUCAGGUAUAAAUCCUGUGAAAGCAGGAACAGCUCUUUCCUUAAGUCCUGUCCAUUUUACCCGUGUGUGGCAACACAAGAUAAUGUCUCUUAUCUCCUUCGCCAAAGGGGGAUUUAAUGGUGUCUUAACAGAGCAGGACAGUUGUCUCUUACUGUUAGAGGAUGACAACAAACAUAGGUCAUUGACCCAGCUCGAGUAAUACCGGCCGGCAGGACAGACAAAAUAUGGCAUGACUUAAUGUUUUUUUUCAUGAUUCUGACAUCCCUGGUUGAAAAAUGUAGGGGGAUGGAGGAGAUUGAAGGGAGUCCUGUCAGGAUGUGUUUGCAUGGAAAUGUGAAAAAUUAAUGCUUGCACGAUCAAGUGUUCAUUAGAACUAUGUUUCAUGAAGACAAUCAAAUGCAUGCUUACCUGCAGAAAAUGCACACGGCAGCCCUUUUGCUGUUUUGAUUAAAUUGUUAAGAUGACCUCCUGCACACAAAAGAAAGCUGGCACCCCUGGGUUGCAUGGACUCACACAAAAUGCCACCCCUGUGAAAGUGUGUUCCACUUAAAUGCACACACAGCUUAAUGAAGUCUAUACUGUAUCAUCAGUGUAUACAUUCUGGCUGCUUUCCAAGGUGAGCUGAAUGUGGAGGACAACAGAGUGAAAGCUGCUCGCUAUGACAAACAUUCCAACUACAGAGAAAGAGGAGAAAGAGAGGAGGAGAGAGAUCAUCACAGGAGCUUUAGUUUUAAAAUGUGUCCACAAAUAAAUUAGUCUUUGUGCUGUCAGACAUUGAGAGGAGAUCUAUAUGCAGUGUGUUUGAAAUGCUAAUAUAAUAUAGAACACUUUCCCCUUUAUUAUCAGCAUGAGCAGAUUCUAUUUCCUAUCCAGUCACACCACGUCAGGAAAGUUUAAUAUUGAAAGCGUAAUUAGUUCUGUCUUAUCGCCUAAUGUGCCAAAGAUUUUUGACACUCCAGUUAUCCUUCAUUACUGCGGCAUUGAAGCAAGCCCUUGUCUCAGUUCUAGCUCUUUGUUUUGUUUCUACUUGUCCUGCUUACUCACGAGUUUCUUCCACAGAACCAUCUCAUCAUAAACUUAUCCCUCUCUUACUUUUAGACGGAUGUAAUGGUGUGGAAACAACACAGCCCUCUUCAGUUCUCAGACUUUUGAGUCACUCAGACAAGGGAUGGGGAGAAGAGCGGCAGAUCUGACAACUCCAGUUCCAGUUUUAGGUGUUCCCGCCCUGGUUGGAGUGCGUGGUUGGAGGACGACGGGAGGAGACAGAAGCGGAGGAGCCCUGCUGCUGCAGACGUGGGGUCCUCAAUGCAGCGUUGGUGUUCAGACAUCUCCAGGGAUAGGCAGGCCACCCACGGUGCAGCAGUUAACUGAUCCUCUCUCGACUCCAUCAGAUAGCAUUGCUCAAACAUCCAACAGCUACAUUACCACAGAAACGGAGUACAAGGAGAUAUUACUGCUAACAAGGAGUGAUAAGGAGAAAAGGGCUAUUUUGAAGCAGAAAAGUGGAGAUUCAAAGACCAAAAAGGAAGUGACUUUCAAAGCACUUGGAGGUGAGGCCUCUGAGGAUGUGACCUGCGCUCAAAGGAACAGAAGUGGGACUUAUUGCUUUGCCAGAGCAAUCAAGACCAACCCAAACUUCGCAGGGAAUGCCAAGCCUAAAUCAAAACCUGCUUCCCGCUACACCAAUGGCAGUGUCGUUGACUCUGAAGCAAUUGGUGGAAUUAGCGUUCACAAUGAUGAAGCAGAGCCUGGGAGGGGCGCUAAGUCUCAUGGAAGAGACCAAAUAAGACCACAAAGUGAUUAUGGGGAGCAGACUGGGAACGCACUGCUGUUAUCUGAACAGAGAGCAUUUGGUAUGCAAAAGAAAAUAUGCGGCAACUGUGGUGGAAGACAGUAUUUAACCACUGGAUUUGGCGCUUUGAGAGAGGGCAGACUGUUAGCAGAUGGUGGUCUCGAAGAGAAACCCCUGAAACCAACCCUCACCUUGCUUUCAACUACCCAGAUGCCCAAUACUGAGAACAACCAAAUGCCAAGUCAAAUUGAAACCCCACAAAGCAACACAUCUCAAGACAAUAGACCAACCAUUACAACUCAUCCACAUAUGGUACAUCUCAGUGAAGAACUAAAGACUCCCCAAACACCACACCCAGCUUGCCCCGUGCACUCCAGAGCCCACGUCGUCACUUUAUCACAGACGCAUACUGCAAGUAAAGCAACAUCAACCCAACCAACAACCAUCCUCCAAGCUAAAACCAUCACCGUCACUAAGGCAACCAUUGAAACAAGGCAAGACAACGUAGGAAUAAAAUCGUCUCCAAAUCCGUCUUUGCGUGGCCCUAAAAUCCCACGUCCGGUGAGCCUAACACUGGCGCCUCAGAUGGCUACGGCGACAAAAUCAAACUACCCUCAAUCACAUACUUACCCUAAACCUAUCAAAAUAUCAGAGCAGAACUCGGCACAGCUUAAUAUGCUAAAAAAUGUGUGCGUGUCCGUACACGCUGCUCCUCUUUCUCCGCCAUCUUUUUCGUACACAACAGCUGCAGGAAUGGUGAACCCAUCCACUACUAACACACACCAAACAACUAGUGUCCUUAACUCUGUGGUAAUGUCGACUGAAAGUAUACCUGCUAAAGUCACUGAAGCUGCACAGAAAAUCCCACCUUCACUGCACGCAUCAAGAGUAAACAUGGCAGCACGUGCACCUAAUAGCCCUCCAAUGACCCCUAAAUGUCCCACCUUAUCUCGGGCAGUCAGUGCAAAAGACUCCAUUCAUAAACCAGAAGCAGCUGCACGACCUCCACCUGCAAGGCCACCUCGUACUUCAUCAGAUCCAGGCCAUAAAACACAAGAAAAGUCAGGUACAAACGUCGACGACAAAUCAUCCGGUGAAUCGCCUUUUCCUGACAUCCUUCCAAAUACAUCUCAAACAAAUAUACUGCAUCAAUCUCACAGCGCUAUUGUCCCGCAGCCCACUUUGAGUCAAAGCUCAGACUCAGAUCAAGUUCUUCACACAAGCACCAAACAUCAAACUGUCUUUGUCGAAAUUCAUCUAAUUAGACCUACCUCCUCAAAGUCUGAACCUGCACUUUAUGUGUCUACAGCAUCUCCAAAUGCCACAAAAUACAGAGAUUCAAGAGCUAGGUUGCCUUCAAGAGCAGCUGCCACUUCCACAUCCACAUGCAACAGCCCUCUAUACAAAAAUAAAACCCUCAGGAACUCCUCAAUCAAUCUCAAAAGUUCACCUCCCACAGCUCCAGCCUCUUCAUCUACAUUGGCAGAAAACCAAAGUAGUGUCUGUUCUUCAGGUACAAGUUCACUUCAAUCAGCAGAUGCGACAAAAAACAGCAAAGAAGUUAGUCUUAAUGCAUCGUCCCAGAAAAACCAACAAGCAACAGACAUAAAAACUCAAACGAGUAAUGAAUCAGGUUUAUCUAAUGUUAUUUUCAAUCGGCGGAUUAACUCAAAAACAACUCCGGUUGCGUUUUCUGAGCCGCGAAAUGUGUCAGGAAGCCAAAUCAGAGGCGUUCAUGCAAGCAACAGCAAAUCAACCGUUAUUCCAAACAGUGGCUCACACGCUGACAAAACCAAAUUCAAUGGUAAUCUAAUCAAUGAAUUAGCUCAGUAUGAGUCAAAAGACCAUGAAAGUUCAAAUUUAUCACAGGUCACUGGCCGGCUGAACAACAUUUCCCUAAUGAAGUCUAGCAGCUCUAGUCUGCAGGGUUACACAUACACAGAACAACAAAGACUUGCACGUUGUGAAGGGUGCACAGGAGCUGAGCAAGAGGAACGCUGUGGUGCAUGCCCACCAGAGGAAAGAGCCCAGGAGACCAAUCCGAACACAGAAAAGUUUGCCUUGGGAGCAUCAGUCAGGCAUGCGAAUAUUAAACUUAAAUCCAAUGCAGAGGAAGAGUCAUAUCCAAACAAGUCAACGCCCUCUGUCAUAGCGCAAAUAAACCUUGCACUGGAAAAUGCACACAUCCAGCCUGUAAUCGAAUCAUCAGUCCAGCAAACCUCUUAUUCAAAUACUCCAUCACUAACAGAAGCACACACACAGUCAGAGCUUUCUUUUACUGCACCAGCCCCCGUUACCAGCAAGGGACAGCUUUGUUCGCACACAGGCCCUGAACGUGAUCCCACGUUGCAAUCAUCAACAAUGCACUUGGCAUCCUUUCCCCGCCUCCAGACCUGCAAGGCAGAAGCAAUCAUCAGACCGGAUUCAAACUUUAGCCCAGCUCCCCUUCUGUUGUGCCCAGAGGACCCCCGCCUGGCUCACUCCCACCCGGCUGAAGCCGCUCUGCUGCUGCAUCCCUCCCCACAGUGCUCCAAAUCAGCAGCCCUGCAGCAGAAGCUGGAAACAGUGGAGGCCAGCCUGGCAGCCAACAAGGACAGGAUAACCACUCUGCUUAACAUUAUCCAUGACCUGGAGACAUGUCACACUCCCAUCAGCGGGUAAGAAGGUGUGUGUGAGGGAGAGAAAGUGAGGGUGUGUGUGAAUAUGGUGAAGGUGAGAUGAAUCUGAGUUACAGGGGUAAUGUUUUUAAUCUUGUGAAAAAUAUGAAAUUGAAACAAAGUUUUUCCACAAUGCUUAUUAAAGAUUUACCUAACAGUCUGACUGCAAUAUAAAACCUGCAGGGUGGGAUAUGACUUAUGAAUUAUUGAUAUACACUACCUUCAGGGCAAUACAGGUGUAGCUUUUUGCCAGAUUCUGGUGUAGUGCAUUACUUAAACAAGCAGUUCUGCAGUGCUGAUCUUUGACUUUCCAGAGUGAAAACAUCUGCUACUCGAUGGCUUUAAAGUUCACCUGCACUUUGCAAUCUAUAAAACUUUUUUUAUGUGUUUGUGUAUUCUUUAAAGGAUUUUUUAGCUUAUCAUAAUGGAGAAACUAUUGAUCACUGUGAUUGCAAUGGAAAGCUCUUUGCAACAGCCUAAAUAUUGAUGCCAACUUUCAGUUUGCUCCUACAGAUGUACUGUAUGGUGGUAUAAUUUAUCUAUAUAACAUGCAGCUCUAAAAAAUUCACUGCUGUUCCCUGGUUAGUUUUUAAGUAAGAUUAACAUUUUUGUGUUAUUUUAUGCAUUUCUCCCAAACUUCCAUCUCCCAAAAACACACAUCUCUUUCCGGACUAACAUAAAUGGCAAUUAGUUAAGAUGACAACAAAAGUAGUAUUUAUCAGACUGUGAAUAUAGGCAAAGAAAAAAGAAGCAGAUAUUUAUUUUUAAGCACAAUGCCGAUGUUUAACCAUAAACUUUAAUUCCUGUUUAGUGCCUAUGCUGGUGAGUCAAAUAAAGUCCAUUCACCACAAUAGGAAAUGUGGGUUUGAAACUCCUUCCCAUCGUAGUAUCCAAGUCUGAAAUCUAACUUAAGUCUACAAAUAUAUAAAUAAAUGUAUAUAUAUAUAUAUAUAUAUAUAUAUAUAUAUAUAUAUAUAUAUAUAUAUGUGUAGCCCAUUAGUUCACAAGAGUUCCAUUUGAAAAAGUGCACUCUGGCUUUAUGGAUACUAAUGUUUACUGGCGGAGCUGCUCACUGCAGUAAAAUGAUGUAUCACAGUAGGUGGCGUUUUGUAGUUGUUGUACUUGAGCCAUGGCAGACAUUAAACAUAUUCAAGAGGCACAGCAGAAGUUGUCCCGCUAAUCUUACUAUCCCUUAACACUGUUUUUUUUUAACAAAAGCCAUGUGCUAGAUUUAAAACCUAAAUCAUAUACCAAAACUUAGGUGUUACAUGAGGAAGACUUCAGGGAUUAAAAAUAGGUGGAAUAGUCCAGAUUAUUGAUGUCAGUUAAUUUUUGUCUCUGCAUCUAAUUAGUUUUACUUUUUGUUUCAUAACAACCAAGAUGGCUCAAGUCAGUCAAAUAUCUUGUCAUCCUCCAAAAUCAUUCAAGAUGAUAUUGACAUUUGUACGCAGAAGAUGGAUCAAAUGAUAUGUUCAUGACUAUUGAAAUUAGUUUUUCUACAUUGGCAUUUUUGCCUGUCGUGAUGUCAUUUCUGUGUUCUCUGAUGCCUAGCAUACAAAAAAAUAUGCUCACCCUAAAGGUAAAGUUGCUCAGUGAACCAUGAAUCAUAAAAAAUAAUAAUAAUACAUGGAUGUGCCUGAGUUUUUUAUUACCUCAACACGCAGGAAAUUUUCAGACAUGGACCUUGUUUCUGAUGUCGAUCCACCACAUCCUAAACAAAGCCUUCGGGGGAAAACAACCAGGGUUAGAUAUUUAGGGUGUGACAAGUGUUACAAACCCCUUUUGAAAGUUUACAUAUGUUAAGUUGUUUCCAGGUGUGUGCUCUAUAAAUAUGCAGUUAAUCACAUUCUUACAUGAUAAUAUGAAGCCAUUGUUGCAAGUUUGCAGACAGGUAUGUUAAAGCAUGUGGCAGUGUGACAGAGACCUGCUCAGGAACAUCACAGGGCAGGUUUCAGAGAGAUUUAUUUAGGCUCAUACUCUUCUGGGACGAAUAACUAGAAUUAAAACCGCCUUCUGGCAACGUGUCUUUGUCAAUCAUUCUCAUCCACUGGUGUGUGCUAAUAAGGAAUGACUGGCUCUGAGGUCAUGAUCAGAAUAACCGUCUCCAUGUAACUGACUGAAGUCUGAGGUAAAAUGCAUGUUAUACAUCUGAUCACUGCAGCAGCAGCCUGCAGAGGAGAGGAUAAACUCGGAGAAUAUAGUGCACUUAUUUACUGUGUGCUUUUUAAAUUACUUGCUUUUUGUGUUCCAGGCGGCGAUGCUACAACACUGGGCAGGACCUUAAAAACUGCUCAACCUGCCAGAAGACUGCUUGUAUUGUAUACAGGUGAGAUAAUGGAGAAAUUGCCAAUUUUGCCUGCAUGCAAUAUUUAAACUGAUAAGUGAUCGAAGCAGCACAGGAAGUGAGUUCUUGCUGAAAUGAAAAACUAUUGUUGCAGAAAAUCAUGAAUUUAUAGGGUGAAAUUGCUUUUUCUUUCUGCUCAAUGUUGUCUACGAAGUUGAGGACAAGACAUUUGCUUUUAGAUUCACUUGUGUGAGUUCAAAACAUUUGAAUGAAUCAAUAUUUUAUGUCAAGUCUGUUAGGUAGAUGUGUUACAAGCUGCUCUCAAAAUGACUACUAAAUAUUUUGACAGCAAAACCCCAAUGGUUCACUUUAUUCAAGGGGGGUUUUCGAAACUCAAGUUUAUUUAAAGUUUCUUUUGUGCCUGAGACAAUUGAUUUAGAUUAAACCCAUUUGGCAUCCCAGUUGCUGGGCAGUUCUCUGCCAGCGGUCUCCCAUCACUUCACUAAAAAGGAAUGACUUACUGUACGGGCAGCUUACCAAAUGAAAAGCUCCUUACUCCUCAUUUGUUUCCUGCUCAGAAUACACAUGGAGAUUACAUUUUCCUCUCACAGCAAAACCAUAAUUCUUUUUGGAGCAACUGUCAAACUUAAGCACGGACCGAUUGUGACUCAAUCUGUUCACACAGCAGAUUUACACAGAUUGAGAUUGAGACUCUCUAAAAUUAAAGCUGCCACAGAGGAACAAAGUCAGUCCCAGGCAGACUGCACAAUUGAUUUUCAAUGGUCACCUUGCUGUAGUUAUUGUAUGCAUUGUUUAUGAGCAAACUAAAGGAAAGCAAAUGAAAAUAUGUUGAUGUGCUAUCUUUCUAGCGUAGCAGAUUUUAUUCAUAUAUUCAUUUGGAAAUGAGGCAUCCUACUUUUUCAAUCUGUUGCAUUUUCAAUCAGUGAAAACCUAAAAUUUGCAUUUUUAGUCAGAAAUAAAGACACUGAUUUAUGCUGGUAUAUCUUCAAGAACUAUACUGUGUGACACAUUGAGAUAAUGAAACUGAUGUACAACCACAAUUCAAUAAGAAAUAGAAUGCCAUGGAAAAUGUCCAUAAAACAGAAUUGGAUGGUUUGCUAAUUAAUUUAAAGCCUAUGUGUAAUUGAAAAUAGGGCAAAGACAACCUUUCAACCAUUGAAACUGAUAAAUGUGGUUGUUUUGGUUGGGACAGAGACAACAAAACACUUAAAUAAAUUGUUUUUCCAAAAAUGAAGAUGGGUAUACAGGAAAUAGCGCAGUGAUUCCAGAAAAUAACAGUGACCCAGGCAGCAAUGCUUUAAACACAAACAUGGCUCUGCAGUGGAAAUCAGUGCAUUAGCUCAAAUUUAAAUCAGAUAAUGGUUGUUGAUGUACACAGUUUGUUGCUUCAUUCAUUAAAGUAGGUUAAGACUGUACCGUACAAAAAGUAAACCACACGAAAAUGCCUGGAACUGUAGAUUUAAAAUGGACUGAGGCAAAGGGGGGAACUGGGCAAUCAUUUUGGGAAUCACUGAUGUUGCCCCCUUGCACUAGAGGAGAGGGACCACCAGGCUUUUUAUCAGUGCACAGUUCAAAAGCCAGCAUCUGUACUGGUCUUCGGAUGUAUACGUUUUUACGCCACAGCUAGCUUAGACAUAAAGGAAAGCACCCUUGAUGCCAGAUGAUAAGUGCAUAUGUAGAUUUUGGAGCAAAUUCAACAAGACACCAAACUAAAUUUUUUACACACAUUAACACAGCAGGGCUCUGUAGUAGACGCAUCUGUGUGCCAAACUAGUCUGCCUGCAGUGCCAGCUUGCCAUCUAUUAAACACAGUCAGUGCAUCAUGACACAAAAAUUACAACAAAGGAGACUCUAAACUGUUGAGUAGCUGAUUUUUUAUAUCAGGCAAGAAUGGGAUGUAAUUUCUCCUCCAAAACCCAGAAACCAGUCCUCUUGGUGCCUGAACAUUUGCAAGGUGAUGUUAAAUGAAGAGUUGAUUUAUUUUUUUAGUUUUGAAAGACAUUGCUUGCAUCAAAUUCAAAAUGAGCAUACAUUUUUCAUUUAAAAAAAAAUGACUUGUUUUUAAUUUUUAACAUUUUUUAACAGAAAAAAAUCGAUACAGCAUAGUAUCGCAAUUAAUUGUUCAUAUGAAGUCAAAUUUAUGAUAAUGGAAAAAUAAAAUCCACUGUUUGUCCAGUGAGGUUGGCAGAGGUGACAUCAUAGAGCAGGAGAAAGUUAGUACAACAAAUAUAUCCAAGGUUUGCAAGAUGUGCUACAUGAAAAUAAAAUACUGUGUAAGUAAGACAAACAUAAAGGAAAGAUAAAUGCUAAAAUAGCCAAACAUUUGAAAAAUUGUACAAAUCACAAUAUAUUGUAUUGCAAAACUCAAUGUAUUACAAAAUGUUAAAAACCGCAACAAUAUUGCAUCGUGGCUCAAGUAUUGUGAUAAUAUCGUAUCGUGGGGCCACUACUGAUUCCCACCCCUACUUUGCACUGUGCACAACAUUUCAUACAAGUUCAACUCUUAUGGAAUUGGGGGUCAUAUAAUGUUUGACUGCAGCCUUGAGAUUUAAGCACGUUCUUCAAGACUCAGCAUGCAAAAGUGCUUAGCUCUGGUAUUCCAUCUCGGUUUGCACUCAUUAGCUGGAAUGUUGCAUCAGGUGGAGGCAACAGAAAAAUGAAGAUAAAAAACAAUUGUCCCAGAAAAACUGGAUGUGUAAAGGGGGCUAAAAGAGGCUAAGGAAUAUAAAUCUUCUCAUCAUCUUUUGGGGGGAAAAACCCGGUGCUGUACAAAGCAAAAUCAAAAAACAGUCUUUAGCUUGAAAUAUUCAAAGCAUUCCUCUUGAUCCACUAAUUCUCUAAACCGCUUUUGCAUGACAAAAAGAUGUUACAUAAGUUGAUUGCUGACUGCAGUGUCUUGGCAUCUGGUCCUUAAAGGCCAAGUGGGAGAUAAAGAUAUUCAGACAAGAUGUGAGCACCUUGAGAAAAGAAGAAACCCUGAAUGUCUACCUGCCAAAACUAAUCAACCACUUUGAAACCUGACAAGACAAGAGCUUCCCACAUGGGGAAAAACAACUGGAAGCAGAGUGAAAUGUAGCUGAGAAAGCAAAUCUGACAGCAUUCAAUUUAGCAGGAGCUACAUUUUUAAAGAUUAUAUCUAGAAUCACGUUUGUUUUCAACUGAUUUUUUUCUUUUUUUUUUUGCUUCAUAUCUGUCUGUCCAGUGUGGAGUACGACUUCAGGCAGCAGGAAAGACGCUUUUUGGAAGUCCUGAAUCAUUCAGCGAGAGGAAAUAAUGCUUUCUCCAUGCACCUGACCCAGCCCCUGAACUUUGGCCUGCUCCGAAAUCUCAUCAUUAAGAGAUACAAGAAGUCCAAGGUGAAAAGCAAAAAGCUAUACAAGACCCUGUUCAAAUGGCUGCCCAGGAAAAUCCAGCAGGUCUAGAGUUUUUGUAACAAUAUCUGUGUGUUGUAAAAGCCGGUUUUAUACGUGACCAGCAGACGCCCCUGCAGAGGACUGGUAACACUCCCUUCUUAACCGUAGAAUAAGAUUACUCUGAAUUACCCUGUAGAGUUACACUUUCCUGCACACUGUCAAAGCUUACAAACCAGAUUUUACACUUCAAUUAUCCCCCUGAUCUCUGUGACCCUCAGCUCUUAUCACCCACGAGGAAUUCUUUAUUUCACUUUGAAAGCCUUUGAUAUUUUGUUGUCAAUGUGCCUGCUUAAUCCUUUUAGAUUCUAUUCUACUUGCACUUCUCAUAUUAAAUGCAAUAGGAGCUCUUGUUCAUGCUAUGUUUCCUCUUUAUCUGCCUCUCUGGUGAGAAAAUGUGCAAAAAUAAGUUUUGGAUAUGCAAAAAAAUAAACUAGAAUUUAAUAAAUGUUGA